AUGAAACUUGGUACUUUUGGAGAUAAAUAUUCCGCCUUUUUCCCACUUCAUUUAUCUAUAGAUUUAUUAAUAUUCACCAUUUCGAUAUUCUUAUUAUUUUAUGUAGUUAAUCUGUUACUUUGGAGAAGGUAUGAUAAACAUAUUUAUAAACACCAGUCCUUUGAAAUGAUGCUUGUCCCUUGUAGAAGAAAUAUAUAUUCAAGUAUUUUUAGAUUCACUCUAAAUUUUAUUACAGCCCUUCAUUUAAUCUUAAUUCCAUUAAUUACUUAUGACUCAGUUGUUUCUCCUGAAGGUUGUUCCAUAGUGUUUUGGAAAAUGAAAGCGGAAGUUUUCUUAGUUGAAUAUGUCAUUGCCCUAAUUAUUUGCUUGGGAAGAAAAUUAUUUUCCAGAAGAAUUAAACUUACCCUCGUCAUUCCAUCAAAUCUUUUUGACUGCAACUUUGUAUGUGUUUGGAUACGUGAUAAUAGUAAUAACAAUAGUAAUAAUAAUAAUAAUAAUAAUAAUAAUUUUUGCAAUCCAAAUAUUAUUCAAUCCAGUAGUGAUGCCCAAUAUAUACAUAAAGAUCCAAAAUAUUCCACUUUAAAUCAAAGAGUUUUAGAUUUUUAUAAAAGAUGCUCCGCUUUCCUAUAUGGUGAAGUUGAUGGAUUUAAUUAUUAUGAUUGUCAAGUAAAUGUGGAUGAAUCUUCUGGAAUAAGAUAUUUUGUUGCAGGAUCAACAAGGUUUGUAUUUUCAAUGGAAACUGGUAACUUUCUUCCUCAAAUACAAUCAAAUAAAGUUCCAGUUUCUCAAAUUGAGAAAAUUAUGAAUAUUGGUGGACAUUCAGAAGCUUCUGUUAUGUCUUAUUUAUCAGUUUUUGGAAAUAACGAAUCAAUUUUUGAGACUGAACCUGCAAUAGUUGUUAUUAAGCGUAUUUUCUUUUGCCCAACUUUUAUAUUACAAUACUUAAUGCUUUCAACAACUUUCUUUUUAAGAUUUUUUACUUGGUCUUUCUGCUGGUCAGCUUUAAUAUUAUACACGAAUUUUUUCAGUUUCUUUAAAGAAAUCCUCAGAAAUAACAAAGUCUUAAAAGAAACUCAAACUAUAAAUAAUCGGCCAGUUAAAGUUAAGCGUGGUAAUAUUAAAAAGUCUAUUAAAGCUUCUGAUAUUGUACUUUUUGACAUUAUACUGUCAGAUGUUGGAGAUAUUGCGCCUUGUGAUAUGAUACUUAUGGAAAAAUUAGUACUUGUUGAUGAAUCAAGUUUAACAGGAGAAGCUACUCCUGUUUUAAAAAAACCUCUUAAUUUGUCAAAACUUUCAAAUUCUCAAAUACUUUCAACUGGUGAUAAAAUUUUAAAAGAUUCAUUAAUUUAUGCUGGAUGUAAAAUUCUUAAGAUAUUUAAUGCAGAUGAAUCUAAUGAUUCAUUAAAAUCUAUUGUUUUGAAUACUGGCAUUUUCACUUUUAAAUCAAGAAUUCUACAUACAGCCUCUCAAAAUAUGAUUUCUGAUGAUUUUCAUGAUGAUAUUCCAUUACUAUGGCUAUUAACUUUAUUUGUUGCUUCAGUAAUUAUAACAGUACAAUGUUUUAUUUCACCAUUUAAUAUUGGAUCAGUUUUCUUCAUUCUUGGUACUUUAAUGCAACUUAUUCCAAUUUGGGCACCAGCUUCUGUACAAUCAUGCAUUAACAAUUCAGUUUCAAAAUUAAAAAGCAACUCAAAUAUAGAUAGCUCUUUUCCAAGAAGAAUCUUAUUUGCUAGUAAAUUAGAUGCCUUAUUUUUUGACAAGACUGGUACUUUAACAAAGAAUGAAUAUGUUCUUGAUCGUGUGGAGAGAUUAAAUUCUGAUCUACUUGAAAGUAGAGGAUUCUUUACGGGAAAUGGGAAUUAUUUUGGAAGAAUAAUUAAAGGAGUGAAUGAGGAAAAAAUUGAUAUAUUAAAAACAGCUACUUCGACUUGCCAUUCAUUAUCUUUUAAUCCUGAUAAUAACAAUGAUGAGUAUUAUGGUGAUUUAAUUGAAAAGGAAAUGCUUAAUUUUACCAAAUCUAGUAUUUAUGAAAGAUCAUCCACAGAUGGUAGGUCUUUAAAAAGAUUUAUUUUUGAGAGGGAAUCUGAAUUUGGCAAUGAAAACAUUGAUAGUAACCAAAAAGCUGCAAAUCUUGAGAAAAUGCUCAAUAGAGGAUGCGAAGUUCUGAAGAUCUUUGAUUUUAGUAGUAUUAGUAGAUCAAUGAGCGUUAUUGUUCGUUGUAAUGUUUCAAAUAAAGUAUUUUUGUUUACAAAAGGUGCAUCUGAAUCCAUUUUGAAAUGUUCUAUAGAGAAUCAAACAUUCAAAGAUAUUGAACUAAAAACAUCUGAAUUAUCUUUGUCAGGAAGUUAUGUUUUAUUAAUAGCUUAUAGAGAACUGAAAUCUGAUCCAGAAUCUAUUGAAACCUAUAGAUUAUUGAAUGAAAAUCGAAGAUUUGAGUUUGAAGUUGACUUAACUCCUAUAGGUAUCCUUUGCUUUUCAAAUUGCAUUAGAAAAGAAGCACCAUUUAUUAUUAAAGAAAUCAAAGAGCUUGGAAUUAAACCCAUAAUUUUAACAGGCGAUAAUCCAGACUGUGCAUUAAGUGUUGCUAAACAAGUUGGAAUUAUUAAUGGCCAAUUAGAACUUUCUGAUUUUGAAUUAGAAUCCGAUAGGCAAUUUAAAAUUGAAAUACAUGGUGAUCAAAAAGUUGUUAUUUGCCAUGCUAUUGCUGGUAAAUUAGUUUUUUUGAAUGAAUCUAGACAUGAAGUUAAGCUUGAGCAAGUUAUUGAUAAUUUGAAUAAAAUAAAAUUAGUUGUAACUUAUGAAUCUUAUGAGAUGAUGAGCAAAGUUGUACUGAAUAAUGAUGGAACAUCAAAAUACGAUGAAAAGCAAGCAAUGUUGAAUAAAAGAACUCUUCUUGACUUGCUUAAAGAUAAUAUUUCAGUCAUUUCAAGAGCUAACCAUAUUAAUAAACAAAGUGUUGUUAAACAAUUUAUUGAAGAUGGUAAAACUGUCGGUAUGGUUGGUGAUGGAUCAAAUGAUGUCGCUGCUCUUAAAGAGUCAAACCUUGGAAUUUUUGUGAAUAGAACCGGAAUCUUGAAUAGCCAUUUUUCUUUGAACGAGGGAGAUUUAAAUGGAAUUUUAAGUAUUAUUCAAGAAGGAUGUGGAUGUGCUGCAAAUUCACGUUCACUGUAUUUAUUUAUGAUCAUGUACGGUUUUACAUUAGUCAUUUGUAAGAAUAUUUUGCUGUAUAUUGGGCAAGCAACUCUUCCAACUAUGGGAUACUUUUACUAUAGUAUAAUAGUCAAUUUUCCAAGUGUAUGGGGAAUUAAAAGAAGUCGACCUGCAAAAAAAAUUAAAAAAUAUCCUGUAGAUUCAGGAUUGGUAACAAAAAAAUCCGUAUUGACUGUUGUUUACUUUAUUUUGAUUAUUGGAAUAAACUUGGGUAUUGUUUUAUUUUUGCUUUCAAAUAAACCUUGGUUUGUUUCUAGUUACAAAAGAAACAUGGCAAUCCCCAUUUACAUUUUUGCACGUCAAGAUGGAUUUGAAUCAUCGACCGUUUUUAUUUGGAUGUGCUCUUUACAUUCACAUAUGGCUCUAAUUUUUGGACUGGGUGGAUAUUACAGAGAACCUUUCUAUAAGAAUAAAGUUCUUGUUUUUACUUGGUUAUUUGCACAGCUUGGGCUUAUAUUUUUAAUUUUUUCUGAACCAAAUUUACUUACAUGCUUCUUCAAAAUUAAUUGUAUAGAAUCCAUAACUCCAGGCACUCUAUUGAGUCUGAACAUCCCGAAAUUUUCUGGUAAUAAUGUUUUUCCUUUAUCUUGGAAGUUUGAGCUUGUUGGAUGGAUAGCCGCUUCCUUUUUGGCAUGUAUAUAUAUUUAUCGAAGAAUAAACUUUAAUUCAAUUUCUAAAAUUAAAAUCUAG